GCAGCCGGGAGCGCGGCUGGAGCGAGGCGCGGGCUGUGGGGCCGCCGCGAACCCGGCCCCGCUUGCCCGUGCCCGCCCGCCAUGCCCGGCUUUGACUACAAAUUCUUGGAGAAGCCCAAGCGGCGGCUGCUGUGCCCGCUGUGCGGGAAGCCCAUGCGCGAGCCCGUGCAGGUUUCUACCUGCGGCCACCGCUUCUGCGACACCUGCCUGCAGGAGUUCCUCAGUGAAGGAGUCUUCAAGUGCCCUGAGGAUCAACUUCCUCUGGACUAUGCCAAGAUCUACCCAGACCCAGAGCUGGAGGUACAGGUACUGGGCCUGCCUAUCCGCUGCAUCCACAGUGAGGAGGGCUGCCGCUGGAGUGGUCCACUUCGCCACCUACAGGGCCACCUGAAUACCUGCAGCUUCAAUGUAGUCCCCUGCCCCAACCGCUGCCCCGCCAAGCUGAGCCGCCGGGAUCUGCCCGCGCACCUGCAGCAUGACUGCCCCAAGAGGCGACUCAAGUGCGAGUUCUGUGGCUGUGACUUCAGCGGGGAGGCCUUUGAGAGCCACGAAGGUGUGUGCCCGCAAGAGAGUGUGUACUGUGAGAACAAAUGCGGUGCCCGCAUGAUGCGGCGGCUCCUGGCCCAGCAUGCCACCUCUGAGUGCCCCAAGCGCACCCAGCCUUGCACUUACUGCACCAAGGAGUUUGUCUUUGACACCAUCCAGAGCCACCAGUACCAGUGCCCGAGGCUGCCUGUGCCGUGCCCCAACCAGUGUGGCGUGGGCACCAUGGCUCGGGAGGAUCUGCCGGGCCACCUCAAGGACAGCUGUAGCACUGCCCUGGUGCUGUGCCCAUUCAAAGACUCCGGCUGCAAGCACAGGUGCCCUAAGCUGGCAAUGGCACGGCACGUGGAGGAGAGCGUGAAGCCACAUCUGGCCAUGAUGUGUGCCCUGGUGAGCCGGCAACGGCAAGAGCUGCAGGAGCUGCGAAGAGAGCUGGAGGAGCUCUCCGUGGGCAGUGAUGGCGUGCUCAUCUGGAAGAUCGGCAGUUACGGGCGAAGGCUGCAGGAGGCCAAAGCCAAGCCCAACCUCGAGUGCUUCAGCCCCGCCUUCUACACGCAUAAGUAUGGCUACAAGCUGCAGGUGUCUGCAUUCCUCAAUGGCAAUGGCAGUGGUGAGGGUACACAUCUCUCGCUCUACAUUCGCGUGCUGCCAGGUGCCUUUGACAAUCUCCUUGAGUGGCCCUUUGCCCGCCGCGUCACCUUCUCCCUGCUGGAUCAGAGCGACCCUGGGCUGGCUAAGCCACAGCAUGUCACUGAGACCUUUCACCCUGACCCAAACUGGAAGAAUUUCCAAAAACCAGGCACUUGGCGGGGCUCCCUGGAUGAGAGUUCUCUGGGCUUUGGUUACCCCAAGUUCAUCUCCCACCAGGAUAUCCGCAAGCGAAACUAUGUGCGGGAUGAUGCAGUCUUCAUCCGUGCCUCUGUUGAAUUGCCCCGAAAGAUCCUCAGCUGAGAGCAGACCCAGCUAUAGGAAAAAGGGGGGUGGGAAAUGACCUCCAUCAGGCAGGCUGAGCCUGGAGAGGGGGCCGGACCCCCUUACAGCUGCUUCCGCUGCCUAGGUUCUGUUACCCUGUUCCCUCUCCCUCCUUCCCUACCACCCUCAGGUGCCUCCUUUUGGUGCUUCAGCCCUGGCCUCUGGGAAGAGCAGGUCUUAGGGUCAUCAAGGGCUUGGAAACAAGCGAUCCUGGGGCCUGUUGCCUAGGAUCAGGGCAGACAUGCCUUGGUGCCGGCCACACUCUUCCAGGGACUGAGGUGCCUGCUGGUGCUAUGUCCCAAGAGCCAUAGGGGGGGAGGGGGAGUUGGGAAACUGAGGGGUAGUUAAAGAAUCUGUCUUGAGAUCUGAUGUCUCCUCUCCCCAGCUGUGUCCCCUCUGGUUAUUUAUUUACUUAGUGCCAGGAGGGCACAGCAGGGGAGCCCUGAUUUUUAAUAAAUCCUGACUUGUAUUUAUUACGUUGGUUCCAGCCUGACUCAUCUGGGUUGCUCAGGGCCCAAUUGUGAAGUCAAGGGACCAGUCAGGGACUGCAACAGCUCUGGCCCCAGGAUCCAGCUGCCCUGCUGCAUCGCCCUCUGGUGGAAGACAGAGGGACUGCACUAGGCUUUGUGUGGAGGACAGCUGCCUGCUGCUGCCCUCUACUGGUUAGAGGAGGGAGGUGCAGGCUCUGGACGUUUUAUAAGGUUUAGAGUCUCUGAUCGAUACCCCACAAAGGACUAGUGCCUGUGCUCUAGGCAGGUCUUUCUUGGUCUAAUGAUAAUAGCUACCAUUUAUUGAGUACUUUUGAUGUGGCAGACACUGGUAAGCACUUUAUAUGCAUUAUUUAAUACAACAGUCAAGUGAAAUAGCUUUUAAUAAAAGGACCUAUCUUAGUGGGCUGUGGUGAAGACCAUGCAUGUUCCCGGUAAAAAUAGUCGGUCCUUUGUAUCUGUGGGUUCCACAUCCUCGAAUUCAAUCAACAGUGAAUUGGAGAUAUUUGGGAAUAGUUCCAGAAAGUUACAAAAAGCAAAAGGUUUUGGCCACUCAUGGGCAAAUCUACAUAGUAUUACAUUGUAUCAGGUAUUGUAAGUAAUCUAGAGAUUAAAGUAUACCAGAGAAUGUGUAUAGGUUACAUGCAAAGCCUAUGCUAUUUUAUAUCAGGGACUUGGUGAAUUUCUGUAUCCGCUGGCGAUUCUUAAACCAAUUCCCUGUGGAUACUGAGGGAUGUCUCUGAGUGCUUUAUGAAUGUUAGUCUAACUCCAAAGCCCAGCCCACACCCAGGGACUCCUAAACUGUGCACAGGAGCCUUGAAAUUUUCUCAUCCAUACUUACUUUUCAUACAGGCCUCAAUGGGUACCUGUGAUUAUCCACAUUUGACUGGUGAAAUAGGAACAGAGGAGUGAAUUGACUUCAGUGAUCUUUCAGCUAGUUUGGGGCAGGGCCUGGAUUUUUUUCCCCCCGUCACUGGAUUCUGUUUUAAGCUCCAGCAGUCACUAGAAGAUUAGCUUCCUUUAAUUUUGGCAGUAGAUUUGAUUUUGGAUCCUUGCUGUGCUUGCUUUUUUGGCAAGUUACUUAGCUACAUGGGGCAUCCUUACUGGUAAAAUUAAAGUAAUCCUGCUAGAUUUGUAAAGAUUAACUCAUCAGCAUAAAGUGCCUUACUCUUGCCUGGCCCUGAGAAGAGGCCCAGUGUAUGGGAAGUAUUGUUUAGUACGGAGAAGGUUCAAGGGCUGUAGCCUGCCUUUUCUACUUUCCCAGAGACUCAGGUGAAAAGAGCCCUUAUCAGAAGGUGAUAGGAAAGGUCUGAGCCUGAGACAGCCAGCCCAGGGAACUAACCAACUUAGCCUUCAAAAGGUCAAAUUCACUGAUCUAGGGAGAGAUGAAGCCCUGGCUGCCUUGCUGAGAAAGUAAAGGUGGCUCUUUCAUCUAAACUGUCGUGGUACUGUGAAGCCUGGAAGCUGGUAGAGAAGACCGACCAUGGGCUCUAGCAGGGGAAAUGCCUUCACCUAAGCACGGGCUUCACGCAGCAACAGGUAGAACCACUCUUCUGCAGAAGCCUUCCAAGAGAAGCCAGAACCCCCGGGUCAAGCUUGGGCUCCCUCGGCUGGCAGCACUGUGCCACUGCACCAUUCCAGGCGGUAGGUUCACAAAGGCGGCUGGUGCCGCCUUCAGUUCCCUGCAGUGGAUAUUGCGAUUGACCCCAUGCCCAGGCCUAGCCCUCAUUCACUGCCUUUGCAGACAGUCAUAAUUGCUUGUGGAACUCAGGCCAGAUUUUGCCUCACAGCGUGAGCUGGGCUCAACUCAACCAUCUGCUCUGUCUAGCCCUGUGACCCUAGGCUGACUGUAGGUCUCAUUAGACACAGGCAGAAGAGGGUUUUCUUUCACAGGGAUGGGAUGAGGAGUAAAGGAGGCAAAGCACCUUCACAAAAGGGCACCCCACAGAAAAGGGCAUGCUCAGGAGGGUGCUUUCAACUCGAGCCACCUAACCAUCUGAUUCCACCCUCACUGAGUCCCACAACCUGUGGGAUCUUUCCUUCCCUCCAUCACAUCUUAGCCCAGACCCAAACGCAGCAGAAAGUGGAGAGGGAGGAGGGGACGUAAAUAGCUCUUGGAUUUUUUUUCCCCUGCAGACAGAAGAAAGUUCUCCCAUCAGUACUCAACCCUUAAGAUUCAAACCAGCAAGAGGACCACUUCUCAUGCUACAGAUCACACCACCUAUUACUUCCACCUGCCAGAGGUCCUCAAAUUCCAAAACGUUCGAGGUGGGAGAAGGUUGUGGGGUGGGGGGAAGGGUCGUUUAGUCUUAAGCUGGCUUAUUAGCAAACCAGGUCCCCGUUUUUCAGUGACGGAUAGUCCUUGGAGUGAAAGUGGCUUUACAUUGAACUGGACCUCCAGUGAGGGGUAGCGAACCAUACUUAACCAUCAAAUCCCACCAAGCCCCCUGCAGCCCUGCCUAGGGAGAGGGCCAGUCAGCCAGGUGCCCUCCAGGGGCUGACUGAACACACCUGGUCUGGGAUAAUGGAGUGGGAGGGCUUCUGACGGGGACAAAUACUAUAGGGGUCCCCUUAAAAAUGAGAAAUUCUCUUAAGACGUUAAAAACCGUUAAGAAAGAUCAUCUCAAACACUGACAGCAUUAAACGAAUAGGACAAGAUCAAAGGUGAGUUUUUUUCUUUUUACUGGUUUAUAAUAAUCUUAAAAACCCCAUCACGCCCAUAAACCACCACAGGUGAGAAGAUGAAGGAGAUGGAGAAUGAAUGCUACAGUAUGUGGGCGGCGUGAGGAUCCAGGUAUCUUCUAGGGGCAGUGUGGAAUGGAGGCAGGGGGUGUGGAUAGGAGGCCCUGGCUUGGACCCUUAUUGCUGGUUGGGGGUUGGCUGGCAAGAGGGGCUCAGGGUGAACUAGGAAACAUCUCACACCAAAGGCGAGGGUAGAUGGGGGGCAGGGGGGUCACAGUACAUUUUCCAUGCAGACUAGGGGUGGGAGUGAGAGCUUCAGAGGCUUGCACCCCUACACAGGAAGAGAUGGGUUUGAGGUUUGAUUUUAAGCCCCCAAGUUGGUGUCUGGUCCAAUUUCCUAAAAGGGCAGCUCACCUUUUGGGGGGAGGCAUUGGAACAAAUUACAGCAAAAAUAUCUGGUUUCGAGAUCAAGCAAGGGAUAAAGGGAGACAAUGGUGUUCAUUCAGAGAAUUUAACUCAGAGAAGCGAGAACUGGGAGGGGCCCCUGGGUGAGAUGGUGGCCAACACACAGGGAGAAGGCAUCGCACCAGAAGCUGCAGGUACUCCUGGGGGCUCAGGACAGGGAGGUGCCAGUGUUCACAGACGGCAGGAAAACCACUGGGAACAAUGAGUUAGGACUUCAUGUUGCUAUCAUUUGGCAUAACACAAUCAGGCAUUUUUUUCCUUUUUUUUCUCUUUUUAAAUAUAAGGCAACUUGCCAACACAUAAUUUAAAAACUGGUCUUCAGUCGCACUGCUUCAGAUCACUAGAGAAUUUCUGGCUAAAGAACAGUGGAUCGUAUAGUAAACAAAACCCCAAAUCUUAAAUAAGAAAGCUCACGUUCCCCAGAGACAAGAGGAAAGGGUAGGGCUUAUUUGGUUUAAAAAAAAAAAAAGCCCAA